UUUUAUCAAACAUUCAGUUUGUCAGCAACUAUUAAAGAAAGCUGUUCAUCCAGACUACGCGGGCGGAUAUCUUAACAAACUUUACUUUCAACCCAAAUUAUCACAAAGAUGAUCCUUUAUGUUUUUGUUUACAUCAUACUCAUUUUAAUCUUUAAUUCAGGAUUCUCAAUGAGCAUGUGCACUUUAAAGGUCAUGCAGCCUCAAGAGCUUCUUCAUGCGAGAUUUAACCAGUCAAUCUCCAUCUCUUGCCAUGUCAACAUGUCUUGCCAAAACAAAAUGCUGGUGCAAUGGUAUGUGUUUGGGACAGACUCCUAUUAUGAAGUGAAAAUAAGCAAUCACCCAAUGAAGUAUAGAUUGCAAGGCACAGACCUACAUAUCAGCAGCUUCUCAGACAGUGAUGAAGGUGUGUAUUACUGCGCUGCGUCUUAUCAAGAUUUAGCAAACAGUGGCGCACAGGAUAUUGGGACUGGAACAACACUGACAGUGAAAGACAACUAUAAUGUUGGGAAAGUUGUGCUGCUCACACUGGUGGUCUUUCUGUCCCUCUAUAUUUUAAUAAUCCUGACUCUCUUCAUCUGUGUGAAGACUGGACGAGUCACACUGUUAAAAGGAAGACAAAGCCAAAGACAGGGCAAGGGUGAGUCAACCAGGAAUGUCCAUUUUGGUGCUGUGGUGCAAGAACUGUACAGCAAGAGGAACUUGCGCAGGAACAAGAAAAAUACAUCUACUGAAGUAACAAAGAAAAACAAGGUUGAAAAAUCACGGCCCCCCACAGGGAAAGAAGACAUAUACCAAAACCUGAAAAUUCCUUGAUUAAACACUGGAAGCAUGGAAAGCUUUAUAGUACACAAACAACAAAAAUAACAUUUACACAGAAGUGACAGAAAGAAGAACAUUCAACUUAAGAACCAGCUCUUUUCCAAAACUAUACUAUUAUAAGCCAAAUUAGGGGGGGGGGGGUAUGUGAAACUGAAACUUCUAAUAUAGCCACAGACUCUUCUGUGUUGAGGUGAUUCUCUGUUUCACAUCUCCAUAUAAUGCUUUAUUGCCUCUUUUUAAUACAUUCAGUUAUUUGUUCUCAGUUAUUAUUAAUUAUUUUUAAUUCUCUUUUAUAAAAUAAGGCAUGUCUGUACAUAUGCCUGUCUGUUCUGUGCUGUUAAAAUUUAUAUUUGAAUCUUUGUCAUUUUUAUUCUUUUUUAAAAAUUAUUUCUGUAUAACUGCUUUGAGUCUGUUGUUAAAUGUGUUUCCCAUUUUCAUGUAUCUCAAUCAGAAGUAAAGCUCUGGUGUCUUCACAAGUAAAACUAGAGGAAACUACA